AUGAAUGGAGACGCCCAGGGGCGAACUGCCCUCAUUCUCUACGGCACAGAGACUGGAACUGCUCAAGACCUCGCUGAAGAGGUCGGCCGUGCGACUGAGCGUUUGCAUUUUGAUACCACUGUAGCUGAAUUGGAUCAUGUACCCAUCACGCUUCCUUCUACGUAUACUAUCACCAUCUUCGUGCUCUCAACCACCGGCCAGGGCGAAUUUCCGUCCAAUGCUAGGGUCUUUUGGACCAAUUUGCUGAAGAAGAAACUCCCCGCCACAUUUCUGCAGGGUGUUUCAUUCUUCUUGGUGGGUCUUGGAGAUACAUCUUAUCCCAAGUUCAACUGGGCUGCGCGGAAGCUCGGAAAGCGAUUGAAGCAGCUUGGUGCCUUGGAAGUCAUCGAUGCUUGUGAAGCGGAUGAACAGGGCGAGGAAAGCACAGACGGCGCUUUUCUGGCCUGGCUACCGCUUUUCAAAGCAGCGAUAGUGGAAGACUUCCCAAUGCCUGAUGGUUUGCAGCCCAUACCUGACGAGCAACCAUUACCCAGCAAGUGGGUCCUUGGGCCAGCUCAUGUUGUACCCAAUGGACACACAGAUAGGUCUUUCAGCGUGACCGGGGAUGGGGAUGCGGUCGAUGAAUGCACAAGAGUAAACGGACAAACAACCAUUGUGCACCCUACCCACGAUACUCGACCAAUACCAGGCUCAUUUCCUGUCUGUCUCCAAGAGAACAAAAGAGUGACUCCCUCCUCGCACUGGCAAGACGUUCGUCUCCUAACUCUAACCACCAAUCGAUGUAUCAACUACCUCCCAGGAGACGCCUUAUCAAUCAUGCCCAAGAAUUUUCCCGAAGAUGUCAACAUGCUAAUCCACCUGAUGGACUGGACAUCCAUCGCAGACACCCCAAUCACAUUCAUACCGACCUCCAAUCCCACAGAUUUCGCCAACUACCCACCCUGCCCCAUCCCUUACCUGUUCUCCACCUCCUCCUCCACCACCACCACCCUCACCCUCCGGACCCUCCUAACCUCCUACCUGGAUAUAACCUGCAUCCCCCGUCGCUCGCUCUUCGCAACCCUCUCCCGCUUCUCCAUCAACAAUUCGACUCAGCGCGACCGCCUUCUCGAGUUCACCCUCCCCCAAUACCUAGACGAAUACUACGACUACGCCACCCGACCUCGUCGCUCCGUACUCGAGAUCCUUCAGGAAUUCGACAGCGUCAAGGUACCGUGGUGGGAGGCUGCAAAUGUGUUCCCCCUGAUGAAGGGGAGGCAAUUCAGCAUCGCCAGCGGAGGGAACUCCAGACGACUGUCCGAGGAGGAAGGGGGAGGGACUAAAUUCGAACUCCUAGUCGCGAUCGUCAAGUACAAAACCGUCAUCAAGAAGAUCCGACAGGGUGUCUGUACUAGAUACCUCGCCGCCCAGGCGCCCGGGAGCACGUUAAACGUGGUUCACCGCACGGAUGGACGCUUCUCCACCAAGGCCAAGACUCCGAAGCAGACAAGACAAGGCAGGAAUACCGCAGAGCAGGAGGAAGAAGACUUGAUGAGGCCGAAACUCCUCAUCGGCGCAGGGACGGGCAUCGCGCCUCUCCGCGCCAUCAUCCAGCACGACGAAGAACUGCUCAGCCUAAGUCUGCAGAAGCCCAGAAAUCCCACCCAGGGCCCAGACACAACACUCUUCUUCGGCGCUCGGAACCACGACAGAGAUUUCUUCUUCGCAGACGAGUGGAGCGCGAAGACCAAGCUCGCUCCCAAGUCUUCUUCUCACCACCACCCUUCUUCCAAUCCAGCAGAAGUCGGUGCGGCACAGUUCAGGCUCAUCACGUCCUUCUCGCGCGACCAGCCCCAGAAGAUCUACCUCCAGGACCGAAUAAGGGAGCACGCACCUCACGUCUUCGAUCUGCUUGUCCGCAAGAAGGCCACGGUGGUGGUCUGUGGGAGCAGCGGAGCGAUGCCCAAGGCUGUGCGACGCGCUCUGGUUGACGUUUUGGUGAGAGGGGGGAAUACGAUGGGGAUAAACGACGGCGAUAGUCGUGGGGGAGAGAGGGUGGAGGAGGAAGUGGAGCCAAGCGAGCGGAGCGGUGUUGAGGCGGAACGGGACUACGGAGAGGAGAAGGAGGAGGGGCGGUGGUGGUGCACGCAAGAGCAGGCGGAACGCUAUCUCGAUGCCAUGGAGAAGGACAGGAGGUAUCUACAGGAGACGUGGUGA